AACAUCGUACGUCAGCCACCAAAGCUUGCCCUGCUACUGCAAAUGCUGCUCAGGAAAUCAGUACAAAUCAUCCUGACUCAGCAGGAAGGGAGUAAUGUUAUUCAUACAGGUAGUCGUCGAGCUUGUUGGCCCUGUAUCUACGCGGACAAGCCCCACAGUCACAGAACCUUGAAGAACUGAGACGGAUGACCUCUGCUCAUCUACUGGAGUAUCGGUUCUGAAGAUCUUGGUUCCCGUACGCUUUAUAUCAAGUUGACACAUAACGAACACAGAAAUAACUCGCAAUUCAAGUUCCCAAGACUACACACCAUAGUUCAAAAGACGAUGAAGGGUAAAGUACAAACAGUGUGUGGCUGGGUGGAACCCAGCUCCUUGGGGAGGACCUUUACCCAUGAGCAUCUCUGCAUGGAGUUUGACUUUACGUACGUCCCACCAAAGGCAGAGGAUAAGCACAUGGUGAAUGCAGAGUUUUCUCUAGAAAACAUAGGAUGGAUCAGACAAAAUCCGUACUCUCACAAACCAAAUUUGAAGUUCACUGGACCUCAAGUUAAAGCAGCAGUGAUGAAUGACAUAGAAGAGUUCAAAAAACUAGGUGGUGGCACCAUUGUUGAGAACAGCAAUGAAGGCCUAAACAGAAAUGUCUCCUUCAUGCGUGAAAUAAGUCUCAAGCAUGGAGUUAAUAUUAUUGCAGGAACAGGUUACUAUGUGAAGGACACUCAGACAAGAGAGACCCUAGGGUUAUCAGUGGAAGCAAUGGUAAAUUCCAUGACACCAGAGUUGACUCUUGGAUGCGGAGACACCCCAGAUAUUAAGUGCGGUAUCAUUGGGGAAAUUGGUUGCUCAUGGCCAUUAUACGACUUUGAACGGAAAACUAUCCAGGCAGCGGGAGAAACACAGGAAUGUACAGGAUGUCCUGUAAUGUUUCACCCAGGACGGCACUAUAAUGCUCCUGAAGAAAUUUUCAGGAUCUACACGGAAGCAGGUGGCGAUGCUAAGAAGAUGGUGAUGGGUCACCUUGAUAGGACUAUUCACAAGUUGGAUGCUUUGGUGGAAUAUGCUUCCCUUGGGUCGUACUGUGAAUAUGAUUUGUUUGGCAUAGAAAUUUCUCAUUAUCAACUUGAUAGAUCAGUGGACAUGCCGUCUGAUGCCCAGCGAAUUGCACGCAUCAAGCACUUGGUUGAUAAUGGUUUUGGCGAUAAAAUUCUCGUGGCCCACGACAUCCACACCGUGCAUCGUCUGAAAGCUUAUGGCGGUCAUGGCUACGGUCACAUUCUGAAAAAUGUUGUUCCCAAAAUGUUGGACCGUGGACUGAGUCAAGAAGCUAUAGACAAGAUCCUCAUUUCCAACCCCAGCACUUGGCUGACAUUCUCCAAGUAAACUUUAUAUGAAACCAUUGCAAGAAUGAUUAACUUCGAAUUCAUAAGUCAACUUCUGAUGAAACCACUGCAAGCUUUAUUAACAUGGAAUGCAUUAAUGGUCCUCAGAUGAAACCAGUCAAAGCUUUGUUACCAUAACUUGACUAUAAAAUACUGUACUGUACAUGUCUCGGGGGUUGUUAUAAACUACUGUAGUACUGAGUAUAAAAAGUCAAAAUAUAUAAUCAUUGAACCACAUUUCCCUUUUAUGGUUCUUCUUUUGUUACAUUUUAUAUGGUGCUUUUCUUAGUGAUUUGUCACCUUUUUUAGUUUAAUCUAACUAAUCCACUUCUCUGGGGUUUUUUAUUCUUAUCUUUUGCUUCCCUCUUGUACCUGCUUUUGCAGUAUUCAUCCUCUUCUACAUACAGUAUUCUUAAGUACAGGUGUAACUAAAAAAAUCCAAUACAGUAGUUAAAUAAAAAUUACUCUUUGAAACCCUUUGUCAUAUAUCCAGAGUUCCAGAAAAAACAUUGAAUAACCCAGGAAUAAUAAUACUGUUGUUUCUUCAUUUGUUAUGGUGCUCUGACCACCUUUGCUUCCCCAAGUAAAGUCAUUAAAAAUCCCUGUUUGGGUCUAUUGGUGCUUGAUUUGGUUUAUAACGUGUAGCUUCCUACCUUCCAAGCAGCCCGACUGAUAUUUUUAACCCUGUUAUUAUCAUAAGCUAUUAUCCAAACGACCAGGAAGUUAAUUAAAAGAGAACAGCUUGCAAAACACAAACAUACAGUACUGUAUAUCAUAACCAGUUUAGAAUUAUCCAGUAGAUAUCAUUUUUCCUUUUCCUGGGCACUUUACUUUGGAAGCAGAAAUAAGUACUGUACUGUAAAUAAAAAACUACAAGUACCUUACAGCUUUGUCGGCUAUCCUUGGUCAAAUUGCCUUACUGUUAACCAUUGUUGUUUACCUACACUGUCUAGGCACACAGGAAACUGUAUGAACUCCCAUGGCCUACAGGGACAGUUUACCUACAGUACAUUGUCUAUAGUAUAUUCAUGCUGAACUGUAUACUGUAUCUACAUAGUUUAUAAAAUGCCUAUCUAUUGCAAACCUGUAUGAUAAUUUUACUGAAUAAACAUUAUCAUUCUUA